CAUCCAUGGCAUCCCAGGCUGCAGCAAGAGGACUGAGGACAGCCACCUCAAAACACAUUCUUCUUGACAAACUCAAGUGCACCUGGUUGAGUCCCAGGAGAUGGCUGAAUCUGCAAGAGUACCAGAGCAAGAAGCUGAUGCAAGAGAGUGGCGUCGCUGUCCAGCGCUUCUAUGUGGCCGACACGGCUUCUGAGGCUCUGGAGGCUGCAAAGAGACUCGAUGCCAAGGAGAUAGUGCUGAAAGCUCAGAUUCUGGCCGGUGGCAGAGGCAAGGGGGUGUUCGACAGUGGCCUUAAAGGUGGAGUGCACUUAACAAAGGACCCUGCAGUGGUUGGCGAGUUGGCCAACAAGAUGCUGGGUUUCAACCUGACUACCAAGCAGACACCUAAAGAUGGAGUGAAAGUGAAAACGGUGAUGGUCGCCGAGGCCCUGGACAUUACCAGGGAGACCUACUUUGCCAUCUUAAUGGACCGCUCCUGUAAUGGUCCUGUCAUGGUUGGAAGUCCCCAGGGAGGUAUGGAUAUCGAGGAGGUCGCCGCCAGCACCCCAGAACUCAUCUUUAAGGAAGUCAUAGAUAUAUUUGAAGGUGUGCGAGACGACCAGGCGCUUCGCAUGGCAGCUAAUUUGGGUUUCAAAGGACCUCUGCAGAGACAGGCAGCAGAUCAGAUUAAGAGGCUCUAUGAUCUGUUCCUGAAAGUCGACGCCACUCAAGUCGAAGUCAAUCCUCUCGGAGAGACUCCCGAAGGACAAGUGGUUUGCUUUGAUGCCAAGAUCAACUUUGAUGACAAUGCUGAGUUCCGUCAGAAGGCCGUGUUCGCCAUGGACGACAUGACUGAGAGCGACCCCACAGAGAUGGAGGCAGCCAAGUGGGACCUCAAAUAUAUUGGACUGGAUGGCAACAUUGCAUGUUUUGUGAAUGGAGCUGGCUUGGCCAUGGCCACAUGUGACAUCAUUGACCUGCAUGGAGGAAAGCCAGCUAACUUCCUGGACCUGGGUGGAGGAGUCAAAGAGAGGCAGGUGUAUGAGGCCUUUAAGCUGCUCACCGCUGAUCCUAAGGUGGAGGCCAUCCUAGUCAACAUCUUCGGUGGGAUCGUCAACUGUGCGAUCAUCGCUAACGGCAUCACCAAGGCCUGUCGAGAGCUGGAGCUCAAGGUGCCGCUGGUGGUUAGGCUUGAAGGCACCAACGUCCACGAGGCCAAGAGGAUCCUGACGGAGAGCGGCCUGCCCAUCACAGCAGCAGAAAACCUGGAUGACGCCGCCAAGAAAGCGGUGGCCGCCAUCAAGAAAUAGAAAACCCACAGUGUAACCUCACUACACUCUUCACCCGUCCACCCAUCAUUAACAUUCAUUACUGCCUCAGACCGUCAUCUCCGUCACACAUUCAGAACUCCACAACUUCAAGCCUUUGCUCUCAUGGCUCUCACUGUUUUUGUUUUAACACUAGUGUCCAAAUCAUGAAUUCAUUGCCAACUAAAUAUUCAUACCACAGGUUUUGAGGUGGUCCAUCACCUCAACGCCUUAUAUAAUUCAACUUUUACACUCAUCUGUGUGUGUGUGUGUGUGUG